AUGACUUCUCGGGAUCAGCUGGUGCAGCAGGUGCUGCGCGACCUGCAGGAGGCAGUGGAGUCGGAGGGCUUGGAGGGUCUCAUCGGUGCAGCUCUGGAAGCCAAGCAGGUUCUAUCUUCCUUCACCCUCCCCAUCUGCCAGAAGGGCGGCCCUGGCGCUCAGGUGCUGGAGGUGGACUCUGUGGCCUUGAGUCUGUACCCGGAGGAUGCUCCUCGGAACAUGCUGCCCUUGAUGUGCAAGGGUGAGGGGAGCCUGUUGUUUGAAGCGGCCAGCCUGUUGUUGUGGGGGCACACGGGUCUCAGCCUGGAGCUGCGGGCCCGCACUGUGGUGGAGAUGCUGCUGCACAGGCACUAUUAUCUGCAGGGCAUGAUCGACUCCAAGGUGAUGCUGCAGGCUGUGCGCUACUCCUUGUGCUCUGAGGAGUCCCCUGAGAUGACCAACCUGUCUUUUGCCACACUGGAGGCCAUCUUUGAUGCUGAUGUAAAGGCUACGUGCUUCCCAACAAGCUUCUCCAAUGUGUGGCACUUGUAUGCCCUCGCCUCCAUCCUUGAACGCAACAUCUACUCCAUCUACCCCAUGCGCAACAUCAAGAUCCGACCCUAUUUUAACCGUGUUAUCAUGCCUCGCUGCUCCACCCAUGUGACCUCCAUGCUGCACAUCAUGUGGGCUGGUCAGCCCCUCACUAGCCACCUCUUCCGUCAUCAGUAUUUUGCCCCUGUUGUUGGGCUGGAGGAGGUGGAGGCUGACUGUACCGCUAGCCUGAACCCCGUUCCUCCAAACCUGGGUCCUCUGCUACCACCCGCUAAAACCCUAGAGCUGCUCAACCGUGAACCCGGCCUCAGCUACUCUCACCUCUGUGACCGCAUCAGCAUCACCAAGAGCACCUUCUACCGCUGGCGGCGGCAGACCCAAGAGCACCGUCAAAAGGUAGCCACCCGCUUCUCUGCCAAGCACUUCCUGCAGGACAGUUUCCACCGUGGGGGCUUUGUGCCAUUGCAGCAGUUCCUGCAGAGAUUCCCUGAGAUCUCCCGUUCUACCUACUAUGCUUGGAAGCAUGAGUUGCUGGGCUCUGGUGCCAACUCGGCCCUGGGCCCAGCCACUCCAUCCAGGGAGGCACUGACUGUGCCGGAGGUGGAGAGGCCACCAGGGAAAAAGGCUGCUGAGGAGGUGGGGUGCUCCCCAUUGGCAGCAGCGAUGUUGAGCCCUCCUAGUAUGAUCUUAAUGCAGCGUGCCAAGUCUUUCUUGGAGUAUUGCAUCUCCCUGAACAAACUGGUACCAUAUCGCUGCUUCAAAUGCAGGUUCCCUGGCAUCUCGAGGUCUACCUACUACAACUGGAGGCGGAAAGCCCUCAGAAGGACCCCCAGUUUCAAGCUGUCCCAAGCAGCUCUUGAAACUGCUGAGUCUCUCCAGCCAACAGAUGUUGGGAAAGAGACCCCGUUCUCUUUGAAGAGAGAAGCGGGAGAGGAGGAGACAGGAAAAGCAGGAAGUGGGGCUCCUCUGACUUCCCGGGGGCUCAUAUCCCCAAAGAUGCCCUUAUCUCGUUGGCAGAGACGACUACGCAGGGCUGCCCGCAAGCAGGUGCUAAAUGGGCACCUACCCUUCUGUCGCUUCCGCCUCCGCUAUCCUAGUCUGUUACCUUCCACUUUUUGGGUAUGGAAAAGUCUGUCCCGGAGAUCGCCCAGGAUGCAGAUUCCCUCUUUGAGCCAGAGGAGGCAGAAGCCUGAGGGACGGCAGAAGCCUGAGGGACGGCAGAAGCCUGAGGGACGGCAGAAGCCUGAGGGACGGCAGAAGCCUGAGGGACGGCAGAAGCCAGUUGAACCACAGGCUAUGGAAGCUGAUCAGUAUGUAACGGCUAUGGUGGUUCCUCCAGCGGAGACACUGCCAGUGGUUGCUUCUCCAGAAGAUGCCCCAGGAGGGCCUUCCAGAGAGGGGAUCAUCAUUCAAGAGGCAGCUAUGGCCCAGGGCCAACCGCAUAGUGGAUCGUUGCCAAGCCAGACUCUGGCUGAGGCACCCGGGGGCAGUGAUGGGCAGGUGCUGGUGAUGGACAUGCUUACCACCACGAGGUUCAAGGCCCAGGCCAAGCUGUUCCUGCAGAAGCGCUUCCAGUCUAAGACUUUCCCCUCCUACAAGGAGUUCCAGGCGCUCUUCCCCCUCACUGCCCGCUCCACCUACUACAUGUGGAAGCGGGCGCUCUAUGAAGGUCUCACACUGAUUGAUGGCUGA